AUGUCAGUUUUAGAGUUCAUCAUGGGGAACACACUUGCAAAAACUGCUGCCAUAGAUUUUACAAUACAAUGGGCAGGUUGGCUCGUUGCAGUGUUGAUGAAAACAGAGAAAUUUUAUGAUUUAGUGGGUGCCUGCACACAUCUAUAUCUUGCCUAUAAAAGUUUAGAAUGGUCGGGGAAAACUUCAACGCGGAAACAGGUGCAGACUGGGAUGGUCAUGACAUGGGCAUUCAGACUGGGUCUCUUUUUGUUCACUCGUAUACUGAAGGAGGGAAAAGACAGACGGUUCAACCAAAUCAAACAGUCACCAGCAAUGUUCCUAUUUGCCUGGACAAUGCAAGGUGCUUGGAUAUUCCUCAAUCUCCUACCUACACUCAUCCACAACUCUAAAGAGAAGGACAAGCCCAUUAGCACCAGAGACUAUGUAGGAUGGGGUCUUUGGACUGUAGGCUUUCUGUUUGAGGUUAUAGCCGACUACCAGAAGUCAUCUUUCAGAAAUAAUCCAGAUAAUGCUGGCAAGUUCAUAUCAUCAGGUCUAUGGAGCAUAUGUCGUCAUCCUAACUACUUUGGUGAAAUCUUACUCUGGUGCGGACUUUACAUCUCUGCAUCAUCAACAUUUAAAGGCAAAGAAUACCUGAGCGCCAUCUCUCCACUGUUUACAUUCUUCCUUCUCACGAGAGUCAGUGGCAUUCCAAUGUUAGAGAAAUCUGGACUUAGAAGAUGGGGCAAAGAUCCUAGUUAUUUAGAAUAUUUGAAAAAUACCCCAUCUUUAAUUCCUUUCUUCAGGUAAUUUUGCUUCCUCAUGAAUUAUAUCAGGAAGUGGGGUAGCCAGGAACAUUUGGAAUGCAGAUCACUCUAAUAUUUAAUGAAAGGGUGAUUUGUAAACAAAAUUAUCAUACUCGGAUAUUCAUCUUGCAAUAACAAU